AUGCGUGACAUUGCUGAGCCGGGCGCUUGCAAGCUGAUGGUAGAGGUGGAAGAGGAUGCAAUGGGGUCCAGGAUGCUAGCGACACAGAUUCGAUGGCUCGGCCCACUCGCUACUCUUUGCGGUUUGGCUUGCGGCUAUGCCGCAGUCGGUGUACUCGGACAAGAAGGCAUGACAGUGCUGACCGUGAUAUUCUUUGCAGGGACCAAUUGGAUCCCCAGCGAGGUGGAUUCCUUGACUACGCUUUGCUUCAUUUGCUUUGCGCUGGGUGGUGUCAUGGGCUUCGGAGGUGAAGCUCUGCAUGGGCAUCCUCAGUUGCCACUAUUCUUUGUCUUGGUGGCUUUGUUUCACCUCACUGAGUUUAGUUUCUGCGCGCUCUUCCACGAGAAGGAGAUAGAAUUCCGUGGAUUCAUGUUGACGCCAGUACCUGCAGCUGGGUAUAGUAUCGCGAUCAUAGCAGCAAUUCUAGAGUUCUGGCUGUGGCAUGCGGUGGGCAUGCUGCGUACCUUUCAGUUUGCAUUUGUGCUUCUGGGUGGAGUGCUGGCCUUUGGCGGAUGGGGCUUGAGAACAGCAGCGCUAUUCACUGCACAAUCGAAUUUCACCCACAUCGUGGCUUGUCACAAGGAAUCAUCCCACAGAUUGGUGACACAAGGGGUGUACAGCCUUUGCCGCCAUCCUGGAUAUGUUGGAUGGUUUCUGUGGAGUGUGUCUACCCAGGUCCUGCUUGGAAACAUCUUCUGCUUCUUUGCUUAUGCGUUCGUCUCGUGGCGCUUUUUUGCUGGAAGAAUACCGCACGAAGAGCAAAUGUUGAUCCGUUUUUUCGGGGACGAGUACCUGGACUACGCCAGCCGAGUACCUUGCGGAAUCCCAUGGAUUUCCGAAGUCUGACAAGGGUGGGCAGCAAUGGCAGCAAUGGCAGC